UUCCUCCCUUCCUGCUCGCUUCCUGCAGUCUGGGCCCUGCUGCUGCCGUGUGAACCGACGGGACACCGACUCCGAACCGAGCCCGAAGCCGCGACCGAGGCCCUCUCACCGGCAUGUCGCCCCGCAGCCGCACCGCCGAAGCCCCCACGGUGUCCUGAAGUGUCCCGAGCCGGAGAGGAGCGCUGUCACACGGACUACACCUCUGGGCCCGUCCCGCUGGCGAUGCUCCGACAGUAGACCCGGGAUCCACAGUCACAGCAGCCGAACAAGAGCCCUCUUCCCCCCGCCCCCCGCCGCAGGUCAGAUGAUGGAGCGCUCGGGCAGCAUCCAGGUGGACAUCCCAGACUUCAGCAACUCGGUCCUGACCCACCUGAACCAGCUCCGGGUGCAGGGCCGGCUCUGCGACAUCGUGGUGCACGUACAGGGUCAGAGCUUCCGGGCACACAAGGUGGUGUUAGCCGCUAGCUCGCCGUACUUCCGCGACCACAUGUCUCUAAGCCAGAUGAGCACUGUCUCCCUUACCGUCAUCCGGAAUCCAUGUGUGUUUGAGCAGCUGCUGUCUUUCUGCUACACCGGGCGGCUCUGUCUGCAGCUAGCUGAUAUCAUUAGCUACCUGACAGCAGCUAGUUUCCUCCAAAUGCAGCACAUCAUCGACCGGUGUACUCAGAUCCUGGAGGGCAUUCACCUGAAGAUUAGCCUGGCAGACCUGGAGGAGGAGCAGAGGGAGGAGGGGCCGCGCACAGGCUCUGCACGGGCUCGCUCUCUGGAGUCCGUGGUCCGCUCUGGGCAUAGUCUGCGUCUGUUGGGACCCAGGGCAGAGGAGGCCGAAACCCCCCCAGAGGAGCCACCCAGUCCUCCUCCUCCAGUGGAGCACAGUGGGGCCAAAGAACCCGUACUCCGCAUCAACCGUGCAGGACAGUGGUACGUGGAGACUAGCAGCGAGCCGGAGAGGAGCGCCAGUGUGGACGACUGCAGCCAGGACGUGGACCGAGUCCAUAUUAAGACGGAGCGCUUGGAGGAGUGGAUGGGGGCAGAGUCUCAACAGGAAGAGGGCGGGGCAAUGGAGGAGGGUACCGUGAUGAUUGACAGCUCGGGGCGCAGCACAGUUGUCACGGCAACAGCUGUAGGGGCCAUAGCGACGCGCAGCAACAUCCAGCCGUCAAGCAGCUUCAGCGAGACAGAGAGGUUCAGUCCCACGGGGAGUGUGGUGGUGCUGGCAGACAGGCAGAGAGCCAAGAGUGAGUCCCCCAACCGAGCAGACGAGCUCAGGCAGCCCAGCUCUCAGGGAGAGGAGCACGCAGCCUUUGAUAUGGGGGGAUAUGAGGAUUACCUGAGGGAGCAGGUGGGUGACCGCUGGUAUAGGUACAACCCCAGACUCACCUGUAUCUACUGCUGCAAGUCCUUCAACCAAAAGGGCAGUCUGGACCGCCAUAUGCGCCUGCACAUGGGCAUCACACCCUUCGUUUGCCGCAUCUGUGGGAAGAAGUACACGCGCAAAGACCAGCUGGAGUACCACAUCCGCAAGCACACGGGCAACAAGCCCUUCCAUUGCCAUGUGUGCGGCAAGAGCUUCCCCUUCCAGGCCAUCUUGAACCAGCACUUCCGUAAGAACCACCCCGGCUGUGCCCCGCAGGAGGCCCAGAGCGCAUCUCCGGAGACAACCAUGGUGACCUCCAGAGGGGGCCCCAGCGACGAGGCCUCUCCCAGCCAGGAUGAGCCAGAGGGGGGCAACGGCAAUGGAGGAGGAGGUGGCUACGGAGAGGGUCCCCAGGCCUCCGUUUCCACUACAGGGCCCGACUGACGACACAGGAGAUGGGGCAAGAGAGGGGCUGGGGAGCCGCCAAAAAAGGGGAGAAAUCUCAGAGUCCAGACUGAGAUUUGACCGCUUUAAAAUACAAGAGAUGUGUUACAAAAACUGGAGAAUGCAAAAUACCACAUACUUUUCAGUUCUGGAACCUGGCACAUCUUGAAUGUAAAUGUAAAAAGUAUGCACCAAGAAUGCUAGAAAAAGAC